GUUCGUGUGCAGAACAGAAACAGUCAAAGCAGGGGUGGCAACAGCUGAUUCGUAAAGCAGAAGUUAGUCUGAGGAAGCUUCAAUAUGUCAAAAUCUAGAAUUCUUACCUUACGAGUUCAGUCGCCAGAAGGAACAAAGAGAAUUGAUGUUCAUCCAACAGAUUCAAUUCUUGAACUAUUUGAAAAGGUACAUGAUACGUUUGGUCUUACUGGCUAUGGGUUUGCUUUAUAUCGUAAACGAGGAUGCAAAGACGAAUUAAUCUCGUCCCGCAGUAAGACUGUACAUAGUUAUGGGUUUUCCCAUGGAGACAUGCUGUAUAUGGCACCCUUAAAUGGAGCCAUGUUAUGGUCUCAAGAUUUGAGUACUAGAUCUAGCACUAGUAGUGGAGUGGCUCAAUCAAAUAACACCCAAUCCGUAGUAACAGCGGAUAGUACGGAAUUACCAUCAGUACCAACCCAGUCAUACCUACGCCAGUCAUUUACCCUUCAAGAGGAUGAAGUUGAUUUGCAACUUUGGAAGUUGGAUGGGAAAGUGCAGCGUAAACGAGAUGAGAAGCUGUGUCGACAUGGAGCAAAUGGCUGUUGUGUCCAUUGCUCACCACUGGAGCCAUUUGAUGAAACUUACUUGAAGGAACAAAAUAUCAAGCAUCUGUCUUUCCACUCUUUUCUCAGGAAGCUCACUGCAGGAGUUGACAGGGGCAAGUUUGUGUCAUUAGAAGACAUCAGUUGUCAUAUCAAGACUGGUUGUAAGGACCACCCACCAUGGCCGAAAGGAAUUUGUUCAAAAUGUCAGCCAAAUGCCAUUACACUUAAUCGUCAGGUGUAUCGCCAUGUUGACAAUGUGAUGUUUGAGAAUGCAUAUCUAGUGGAACGGUUUUUGAACUACUGGCGCAGUACUGGGCACCAGCGCAUAGGGUUUCUAUAUGGAAGGUACGAGAUUCACGCAGAUGUGCCUCUUGGUAUCAGAGCCACAGUGGCUGCCAUCUAUGAACCGCCUCAGGAAAGUACGCGGGAUUCCAUCACCCUUUUACCAGAUGAAAAGGAGCCUGUGGUGCAGGAAUUGGCACAGCAACUGGGUCUGUGUCGUGUUGGCUGGAUCUUUACUGAUCUGGUAGCUGAUGAUGUUAAAAAGGGAACUGUGAAGCAUGUUCGAAACAUUGAGAGUCACUUCUUGUCAGCAGAAGAAUGUAUAAUGGCAGGUUACUUUCAAAAUAAGCAGCCUAACCCAUGUCGCUUCUCGCCUGUUGGAUAUUUUGGCUCCAAAUUUGUUACUGUCUGUGUAACAGGUGAUGCCAGUAAUCAAGUUCAUAUGGAAGGGUAUGGUGUGUCCAACCAGUGCAUGGCCCUUGUUCGAGAUAACUGUCUUGUCCCAACAAAAGAUGCACCAGAGCUGGGCUAUGUCAGGGAAUCUACAGACAAGCAGUUUGUACCAGAUGUCUACUACAAGGAAAAAGACGGUUAUGGUAACGAAGUCCCCAGGUUAGCCAGGCCUCUACCUGUUGAGUAUUUGCUUGUUGAUAUACCAGCCUCUACACCUCUCAGUCCGCUGUUCACAUUUUAUGCAGAUGCAAAUACACGACAGUUCCCAGUAGAGAACAGGAUGGUUGAUGGCCAUAUCCAGGAUUUUAGUGCUUUAAGUUCGUAUAUGCAGCAAUUUACCCCUGACUGUUUUCUUCAGGCUGUGUCAGAUUUCCACUUUCUCCUCUAUAUCUCAACAAUGGAUAUGCUGCCCAUGAAGGAUUAUAUGGGCCCCAUUCUGGAAGCUGUUAGGACUCAAAAUUCUGAGCAAGCACAAGAUUGGUCCCAUUCAGAACAUUGGGCUACAGUUGAGCAAUUGAUUGCAGCAAGUUUAUCAUCUCCACCACAGUCACGCCCACAAAGUGUGGCAUUUGCUGAAAUGGUUGCAGCAGGUAGUGGGAUGGGUCUUCUGACAGAUAGCAGUGAAAGUGGGCUGGUUAGAGGAAAUGACCAGGCAGUUACUAGCCAGGCAGACCCUGGCCCACUCUGGACCUGUCCACACUGCACAUACCUUAACUCCCCAGAGCUUGUCAGCUGUGAGAUGUGUAGCCUGCCAAGAUAGACCAGUAGACUUCGUCACCUGUACGUCUAACUGGUUUGGAAAAUAAGAAGAAAUAUUGUAUUCACUCAUGUGUAAUCCUAAUUACACUCUUAAUUAUUUUAUACUAGCAGAUGUUGCAGAAUAGUCAUAACCUUUUUCUUCUUUCCCAAAAAUUUGAAUUAAUAUUUGAAAAUAGUAUAUAGCACUGCAGUUGGAUUUGGAAAAUGUACCAAAUUAUGAAACUAAUAUAUGAAAUUUAAUUGAUGUUAGGUAUGCAGGAGUGAAUGCAGUAUGUCAUUGACUAGCACGGUGAUUGAUCUCUAUGCAAUUUACUGGGCUUGAGAUGUAGUAUGCUAACAUGAAAUCAUUUUGAGUCCAGGUGAGUUGAUUUAUGGAUACUCAGUCAAGAUAUUUUGUUCUCACAAAAUGCUUUCAUACACCAGUCCAGGAUUUAAGGCACCAGAUAGCCCUUGGCCUUCAUUUAAUUGAAGGAGACUGG